AUGCAUACGACUCUGCUCGUCACCGAUGUUUUGGAGCACAUCUGCGAAUUGGCCGACCCGGUAACACUCUCCGUCAUGGCGCAAACCGCCCGGGUCCUCCAUGAACCGGCUAUCUAUGUGCUCUGGCGUGUACUCCCGGACCUCCUCCCCCUCCUCCAAUGCUUCCCGACGGACUGUUGGGCCUUUGAGGGUGACACAUUCAAAUUCACGCGUAUCUUGAGGCCCAAGGACUGGACCGUGUUCUUGAAGUAUGCCUCCCUCGUGCGACACUUUGUCAAUGGGAAUUUCUAUGAGCCGCCAUGGGCCUUGCGCUCGAGGCAUGCGGACGCGGCCGCCUGGGAGGCAAUGUGCUGCCUGCGGCCGACGGCGACCCUCUUCCCUCAGCUGCGCUCGUUUCGCUGGGGAGAAAUCGAGCUUCCGAUCAGGUGCCUGUCAUCCUUCCUCAUCUGCACAGGACCCCACCUCUUCCGCGUGGGUCUUACAUUCUUUGAACACCCUGCGGGGAACGUAACGGACGAAAUGCAGUCAAGCUUCGACAUCAUGGCGGAGCGGUUUCCGAUGCUACGGGCGCUUGACACUCUUCGUUCCGUCAACGUGCGCCUUGACGAUGCGCCGUGGCCAUCCCGGAGUCCAACCUCAAACGUCGAUGGUCCAAUACCGUCAUCUUUGGAGCGUUUGGAGCUCUUUUCGUCCCCGCAGGCUUAUGUCGCGUUCAGCAUGGCGGUGACGCUUCAUCACGCUAUAACGCUCGUGUUGUGGAUCGAGUAUAGGCGGCCAAACCAUCUCAUCGGGGACUACUUCCGUUCUAUCCGUGCGCAAUGCUCUACGGACACUUUGAAGGAUAUCAACAUACAAGAGUUCCUCUCCCUGGGAAACGACGCAGCCGAUGAGGCGAUCAUCCUCCCAGCACACCUACGACCUCUCCUGGACUUGAGGCGUCUAGAACGUGUGUUCAUCGAUAUCCCUGGCCGGAAGGCUUUAGACGACGGGUUCUGUAGCGAUAUGGCGAAGGCGUGGCCCCACUUGAAGCACUUUUACAUUGGGGGCAUUGGCACCCUCACCGGCCGUGACGUAUCGCCGACCGUCCGUGCGCUGCCGCCGUUUGCCGUGCAUUGCCCCAAGCUGGAGACCUUUGGACUAGACUUCGACGCAAAGCUCUGGGAAGAUGAGGCAUCCUUCAACGCGGACGACUCGCGGGAGGAGAUAUACGGGCUCCUCGCUGAGAGGGCGAGCACGUCGUUGGUAUCCAGCAUUUAUGUCGGCGACUCCCCUAUUCUCGUGCCGGAGUACAUCGCAGCGUUCCUUGCCCGCAUCUUUCCGUGCCUGAAGGAAAUCAAAGAGACAUCUUUCUUCGAUCGCGAACUACAGGCUCGGUGGAAUACGGCCACGCGACUCCUACCCUUGUUCAAACGCAUCAGGAACGACGAACGCUUGCGGCUCACUCAGGAUCUCUCUACGACGGGCGCACCCGGGGAUUCGGAGGUGGCUGUUACUCGAUGA